AUGUCCAUCGUAUGCCCCAAUCAUGGUGAAUCCAGGACGGUGACUGCGGGCUUGCACAGCACCUGCCUCAUCCUCUCCUUUCUCACCGGUGGCAAAACGGAGGCCGAAUCGGAUGCAGUGGCUGGCAAUGCCAAACAGUCCAUCUACGCGGACCACACACGAACUGAUCCCCACAGUGUGACAGGCUGUUACAAGAAACGUGCGGUGACUCGGAUCCCAUCUGAGUGGGAGAGCCAUAGAGGCCACCUUCAGUACGAGCCAUUGCAGCCUAACCCUCCACCCCGGUGGGGACUUAGUUACCCUCUUAGUUGGCAGCCUUCCAAGACACGACUUUUGUCGCGUCUUCAUAAUCUCGACUGUUUUGUAGCGAGGAGUGUGCCGAAUUACCGUGGAGACGCAGUCCUCAGAGUCGAUCCCCCCCUCUCUCCAUCUCUUUCCUCUCCCACACACUGUUCCACUGUCCGAACCGGUCAGUCAUCUGAUUUAGGAACUGGGCGCAGGCGACUGGCGCGGCGUGAAGGCCUUCGUCUAGGCGUGUCGUAUUUAUCUUGGGAUGUGUGGACUCUGUGCAGCCUGCUUAACGCCUGCCGUGUCCUAAUCUAAGCCCGGUGCUGGUCCCGCCCAUCUCCUGCAUGACUCAUUGUAGGGGUCGCCAUUCCGACUUGCAAUAAGGCACCACAUCUCUCUCUCUCUCUCUCAGCCUUCAUAUACAAAUUGGCCAGCACCGUUGAUACAGGCGCGACUGUUCACAACGGAUUUUAUCCAACUAUCAAAUCGGUAAACGAGGUGGGCUCUGAGCUCAGUAACGCCUCGUGGAGCCACUGGCGACAAACGGGGUCAUAGUUUGAUGCCUGAUUGCUACGGCUGGGUAUUUGAAACCGUUGACAACUCGUGAAAGUGACUCCCCCGCCUUGGGCACUGCAUAGACCUUCUAAGUAGCAUUUAUUGCCACACUAGAAACUUCCGCGCCACGCACACUUUGGCUCAAGAGGCAAAUUCACGGCCUUCUGACGCAUAUCUCUGUGGCCUGUAUUUCUAAUCCCCUCCCAGUUCUACUCCUGUUUCUCCAUCGUGCCUCCUCCCGACAGAUAACCGAGGUACAGAAUCAGGCCAACGCCAGGGUGGCCCAACUGCAGACGCAGAUUGACCUACUGACUGCGCGUCCGCCAUCUUCCACCGCCACCGUCUCUGCUCACAAGAGAUCACUCCCUGGAGCCAGACCGAUGACUCCCAGGAGCACUGCGACCAAUGUAGCUCCAAAGGAACCUCCCCGGUGGCCGGCGCCCAUCACACCGCGUCCGACUCUGCUUCGACCGACUUUCGGCACUCCACGCACAGCUCCACCUAAGGUCACCCUUGCUCUCCCCCCUCCCCUACGCUGCAGUCUUUUACACUGA